AAGACUGAAAGCAGCAAUGACCUGUAUCAAGACCGACCAUAACCACAGGAGAAGUUGCGGAGUCUUGUAAUCCCAGGAACAAGCCAUGAACCGGUACCUGUCCCCGCAAUGAAGACGAAUGAAGAGCCAAAAGGAAUGCAUAAUGAUGUUCCUGAGAACCAGGGUCAUUCAGCAGGAUGGAGCGUGAGUCACCACUGCUUUUCUUCAUACGAACUUGUGAAAAUUGUUCUACAAAAUAGCCGAUCUCCAGUCUCCCUGGAACAAUUUAAACAGAUCAGUCCGGCAAUAAUUCAUCAGCUUCUCUCCUGCACAUGUCCAGUAGAAGACUUCAUGAGUACACAGCUCCCACCUCCCACAACUCUCGAAAGGUAUGGAUACAGCACGAUUGCGGUUUUACUUCUGACAAUUGGAUCCAUGUUUGGAGCUACUCUCAUUAUAUUCAGUUCUUGUGAAGAGAGCUAUAAACUUAUCUUACAGCUGUUUGUGGGACUGGCUGUGGGGACCCUCUUGGGAGAUGCCUUGCUGCAUCUGAUUCCUCAGGUUUUGGGUAUUCAUGAGAAUAUUUCCCAUGACCAUCAUGGAAAAGAUGGAGAACUUUACUUAGAGGAGAAGCAAUUUUUGUGGAAGAUAAUGGCGAUGAUUGGAGGCAUUCAUGGAUUCUUCCUCAUUAAUAAACUUUCCUUUCUCAUUAUUUCAUCUACAAGACAGGGUCUAUCACUAGUGAAUGGUCAUCUGACACAUUCCCAUGACCUCCAACUGGAUUCCCACUUGAAUGACCAGUCGAGGAAAGCCAAAUCAACUUCUACUAUUCAGCUGAGGAGUCCAGAGGACUGUGAGUGUGAACCUGCAGAGAGCGCUAUAGCAGAUAUAACUCCAGUCAACCUCAGAGUUAGGAAGAAACAUAAAGGGAUAACCUUGCUAGCCAUAAUGAUCCUGGUUGGAGACAGUCUACAUAAUUUUGCGGACGGCAUGGUAAUAGGAUCUGCAUUCUCAUCUUCAACCGAAACAGGCGUGGCAACAACCAUUGCCAUUCUGUGUCAUGAAAUCCCCCAUGAAAUGGGAGAUUUUGCCGUCUUACUGAAUACUGGACUUACAGCAAAAAUUGCCUUUCUCAUGAACUUUAUCAGUGCUUUAACGGCCUUUGCGGGUCUCUACAUUGGCCUGUCAGUGUCAACUAACCCAGAUGUACAGAUCUGGAUAUUUGCUGUCACUGCGGGAAUGUUCCUUUAUCUGUCCCUAGUAGAAAUGUUACCUGAAAUGACUCACAUUCAGACGCAGAGACCGUGGCUGAUGUUUUUCCUGCAAAAUCUAGGACUGCUCCUCGGGUGGCUGUGCCUGUUACUACUAGCAAUAUAUGAACAUAAAAUUAAGCUAUAA